GAAGCGAACGAGAUGUUAGCAUCGAGCUUCCAGACUUCCUCGUUUAUCGUCGAUUCGGAAGCGGUUUGUGCCUCGUAGCUGAACAUUUCAGUGUCUGCAGUGACGCUUCAGAAAGAGACUAACGGAAAUAAACUGCGUCGUCCUUCAGGAGGAAGAAGUCGAUCAAACUUCCGGGCACCAGCUGGAAAACCCGAAUCACCUCGGAACCUGCAGGUUUUCCACAGCAUCAUGUCUGUUACUUCUGAGGUUCUGCCUGAUGACCUUCUCAUAACCAAAGAGAGACGGAUAAAAGAGGAAGAGGAGGAACCAGAACCACAGAUGAUUGAGACAAACUGGGAACCAGAACUUCAGCCAAUCAAAGCAGAACAAAUUCAGCUUUGGGUCUUUCAGGAUGAAGGGCAACUUUUAGUGAAACAGGAGAGCAGCGCCUCAAUGGUGACUGCUGCUGAUGAGGAAAUAUUCCACAAAGACCCAGAACUGGAGCAGAGGAUGGAGACAAAGGAGGAACCAGAACCUGUAGAGAUUAAAACGGAACCAGCAGAACCAGAACCGGUGAGGAUUAAAGAGGAACAUGAGGAUUUCUGCAGUGAUCAGGAUAAAGAUGAUCCUGUGGUGAAGCAGGAGCCUGAAGCCUUGAUGGUGACUCCUGCUAAUGAGCAAAAACACAUCAUUGAUCCGGAACCAAACAGGAACCAGCUGUUCUCUGGAAACCAUCCUGCAGAUGUGAACCAACAUCAACAAGGAAGCAACCAGGAAGUUUCAGGAUCCAGUAAAGACCUGCAUCCGGAGAACUGCAGAAAUUACAGGGACAAUGUGGAUAUUUCAGAACUAGAAAGGCAAAGAUCUGCUGCGUCCCGUUGUAGCGUAUGUGGUAAAUGUUACACUAAACCUUACUACUUGACUGCUCACAUGAAAACACACACGAGGGAGAAGGUGUAUUGUAAAAUUUGUGGUAAAUCUUUCAGAAAGCACAGGAACUUGACUGUUCACAUGAAAAUUCACUCAGGUGAAAUGCCCCAUGUUUGUGAAUUGUGUGGUAAAUCUUUCAGAAAGAGUUGCGAGUUAACCCAUCACCUUGCGACUCACACAGACGAGAAGCCGUUUAGUUGUGAAUCUUGUGGUAAAUCUUUCAGAGAUCGUUCUUAUCUAUCCUACCAUAUCAAAAUGCGGGCAGACGCAAAGCCGCUUGCUUGUAAGGUGUGCGGUGAAUCCUUUUACUCUUCCUGUCUUUUAAGUAGUCACAAGAGAACUCACACAGCUGAGAGGUCUUUCUCAUGUCUGACCUGUGGAAAGGAUUUUGCCAUGCAGUCUAAGCUAACUGCACACAUGAGAAUUCACUCUGGGGAGAAGCCGUACUCAUGUAGCGUUUGUGGUAAGACUUUCAGAGUUGCCAGUCAGUUGACUGUUCAUGUAAGAACUCACUCGGGUGAAAAGCCAUAUUCAUGUAACGUUUGUGGGAAAACGUUCAGAGUGGCCGGUCAAUUGACUGUUCAUACAAGAACUCACACAGGUGAGAAGCCGUACACAUGUAAUGUUUGUGGUAAGACUUACAGGCAGGCCGGUCAGUUCAGAGUUCAUGUAAGAACACACGCAGAUGAAAGGCCCUAUUCUUGUGAGCUGUGUGAUAAAUCUUUCAGAGAGAGAUAUCAUUUAGCUAAUCAUCUUAACACUCACGCAGAAGAGAAGCCUUAUCCCUGUGAGCUGUGUAAUAAAUCCUUUCGAUGUGGUGGUCGUUUAUCUAAACACCUUAAGACUCACACAGCUGAAAAACCUUUCUUGUGUUUGACUUGUGGGAAAGAUUUCACCCAGCAGUCUGACCUAGACGCGCACAUGGAAACUCACAAAGCUGAAAGGCCAUAUCCUUGUGAGCAAUGUGAUAAGUCUUUCAGAGAGAGUAGUCAUUUAGCCAACCACCUUCGGACUCACACAGCUAAGAAGCGCUUUCCUUGUGGAUCAUGUGAAAAAUCUUUCAGAUGGAGUUCUGAGUUAACCAAUCACCUCAGAAUUCACACAGGUGAGAAACUCUUUAGUUGUGCAUCUUGUGAGAAGUCGUUCACGCAGCACAGAGAACUGACCCUCCACAUGAGAACUCACCAAUGAUGGGAAUAAUGGAGUUAAAUUAAACAACGUUCCAUUUUUCAGGAAGGGAGUAGUCUAAUUACUAUUUCAGUUGUUACAUUGUUGCCAUUACUGACAAUAAACUGCGGCACAUUACUGUGAAUCACCGCACUGAAGGUUCAAAUAGUCCUUAUCUGUCAGAUAAUGUAAAUGAAUGUUUGUAGAUGUGAUUUUGGCCUGGAAAACAUAAAACGCAUGAAUCUGUAAGUGAAAUGUAAUGUAUUCCCCAGUAGCAACGUUGUUCUUUAUGUCAGUUAUAAGGAACUUGGAAUCUCACGAAUGUCACAAGUGGCCAUGAUGGCGGUGCUGCUGCUAGCAGGCGCAGCCUAAAGCUAGUGAGGCUAGCAUAAGCUCGGUGUAAAAAGCUGACGCAGUCAGAGACAUCAACGCUUGGUUUUACACAACGCAUUAUUGUAGUUUCCUGUUUUUAACUCCGUCUCUUCAGUGUCCAUGUAUUGAUUCAGUUUUAUGAUAAAUGUUUCAAUAUAUAUUUUAAAGUUCUAGUCAGACAAGAUUCAAAAUGCAUUUACAGUAUUAUGUGUUUUCUAGCCACAUAGUAUCAUUUUAUAGCAUAAUCAACUAACUAUGAUAUGUUCGGUUGUUA